GUUGAAUUUUUUUCGUUUUUUUUUCUAUUGCCCGAUUUGGUUUGUGUUAAUUGUUUUCCGCUUUUCAAAUUUUCAUGGCUCUUAGCACAUCAAAUUCCCGGUUUUGUUGCCGAAAUUUGUUGUCAGAAGUUAACGGAUCUUGCUUCAUUUUCCCCCUUUCUGUUAACGUUGGUUCUGUCGUUUUUGUUUGUUUGUUUGUUUGUUUGUUUGUGAAUGAUCGCAGAGAAAAACGAAGAGAAGGUCGAGUGGUCGGCGACAAUGGCGGCUAGGAAAUUAGAGAAGAUGGCGUCCAUUGACGCGCAGCUUCGUCAGCUGGUUCCUGUCAAAGUUAGCGAGGACGACAAGCUUGUGGAGUAUGAUGCUUUGCUUCUCGAUCGUUUCCUCGACAUUCUCCAGGACUUGCACGGCGAGGAUCUCAGAGAAACGGUUCAGGAGCUGUACGAGCUUUCGGCAGAGUACGAAAGGAAGCAUGACCCGAAAAAGCUCGAGGAGCUCGGGAAUGUCCUGACGAAUUUGGAUCCAGGGGACGCCAUUGUCAUUUCCAAGGCUUUCUCCCACAUGCUUAACCUUGCCAACUUGGCCGAGAAGGUGCAGAUCGCCUACCUCCGCAAGAUCAAGAAGCUGACGAAACGCGGUUUCGCGGACGAGAACUCAGCCACCACCGAGUCGGACAUCGAGGAAACGUUCAAGAGACUCGUGGUGGACCUGAAAAAGUCCCCCGAAGAGGUCUUUGAGGCCCUCAAGAAUCAGACAGUGGAUCUUGUUUUCACGGCUCAUCCUACUCAAUCUAUCCGAAGAUCUUUGCUCCAGAAACAUGGGAGGAUAAGGAAUUGUCUGGCUCAGUUAUAUGCAAAGGACAUUACCCCUGAUGACAAGCAAGAGCUUGAUGAAGCUCUGCAAAGAGAAAUUCAAGCUGGAUUCCGGACCGACGAGAUCAGAAGAACACCUCCAGCCCCGCAAGACGAGAUGAGAGCCGGAAUGAGUUAUUUCCACGAGACGAUCUGGAAGGGUGUCCCCAAGUUUCUACGCCGUGUGGACACAGCUCUGAAAAACAUCGGGAUUAACGAGCGUCUCCCUUACAAUGCUCCGCUGAUUCAGUUCUCUUCUUGGAUGGGGGGUGAUCGUGACGGUAACCCCAGGGUUACACCAGAGGUCACCCGAGAUGUGUGCUUGUUGGCUAGAAUGAUGGCUGCCAACAUGUACUUUAACCAAAUUGAGGAUCUGAUGUUUGAGUUGUCCAUGUGGCGUUGUAGCGAAGAGCUUCGUGUUCGUGCUGACGAGCUUCACAGGAACUCAAGGAAAGGUGUAGCAAAACACUACAUAGAAUUUUGGAAGACGAUUCAUCCGAGCGAGCCAUAUCGUGUGGUUCUUGGCGACGUCAGAGACAAACUGUAUCACACACGGGAACGUGCCCGUCAGUUGCUGAGCAAUGGAAUCUCCGACAUUCCCGAGGAAGCGACUUUCAGUAACGUAGAACAGUUCUUGGAACCUCUUGAGCUCUGCUAUCGGUCACUUUGCUUAUGUGGUGACCGCCCGAUAGCUGACGGAAGCCUUCUCGAUUUCUUGAGACAAGUCUCCACUUUCGGGCUUUCCCUUGUCAGGCUUGACAUCAGGCAGGAAUCAGACCGCCACACUGAUGUCUUGGACGCUAUCACCACCCACUUGGACAUUGGUUCCUACAGAGAAUGGUCUGAAGAACGUCGCCAAGAAUGGCUUCUCUCCGAGCUAAGCGGAAAGCGUCCACUUUUCAGUCCCGACCUUCCGAAAACCGAGGAAAUAGCUGAUGUUCUCGACACGUUCUAUGUCUUAGCUGAGUUACCGGCAGACAGCUUUGGAGCUUACAUUAUCUCAAUGGCGACUGCACCUUCCGAUGUCUUGGCCGUCGAGCUUUUGCAGCGUGAAUGCCACAUAAAACAGCCGUUGAGGGUCGUUCCCCUCUUCGAGAAGCUUGCUGAUCUAGAAGCCGCACCUGCAGCCGUGGCAAGGCUCUUUUCGAUAGACUGGUACAGGAACCGUAUUAACGGUAAACAAGAGGUUAUGAUUGGUUAUUCGGAUUCGGGGAAAGACGCUGGCCGGUUAUCGGCUGCUUGGCAGUUGUACAAAGCUCAGGAAGAACUUGUGAAAGUUGCAAAGGAAUACGGAGUGAAACUCACCAUGUUCCAUGGCCGUGGUGGCACUGUCGGAAGAGGAGGUGGUCCGACCCAUCUCGCUAUAUUGUCUCAGCCUCCGGACACCAUUCACGGUUCACUCCGUGUAACGGUUCAGGGUGAAGUCAUCGAGCAAUCAUUCGGAGAGCAGCACUUAUGUUUCAGAACCCUACAGCGUUUCUCGGCUGCCACACUUGAACACGGUAUGAAUCCUCCGGUCGCACCUAAGCCCGAAUGGCGUGCAUUGCUGGAUGAAAUAGCAGUUGUUGCGACCGAGGAGUACCGGUCUUACGUUUUCAAAGAACCUCGAUUCGUCGAGUACUUCCGCCUUGCUACACCCGAGCUGGAGUAUGGUCGUAUGAACAUUGGAAGUAGACCCUCGAAGAGGAAACCGAGCGGAGGAAUCGAAUCUCUCCGUGCUAUCCCGUGGAUCUUUGCCUGGACCCAGACAAGGUUCCAUCUUCCUGUCUGGUUAGGCUUUGGAGCGGGGUUCAGAGACGCGAUCCAGAAAGAUGUAAGGAACCUCCAUAUGCUGCAGGAUAUGUACAAUAAUUGGCCAUUCUUUAGGGUCACUAUCGAUCUCGUCGAGAUGGUUUUCGCCAAGGGGGAUCCCGGGAUCGCUGCCUUGUACGACAAGCUUCUUGUCUCGGAAGAACUCUGGCCAUUUGGAGAGAAGCUCAGAGCUAACUAUGAAGAGACCAAAAACCUCAUCCUCCAGAUUGCUGGACACAAAGAUCUUCUUGAAGGAGACCCCUGUUUGAAGCAGAGGCUUCGGCUACGCGACUCGUACAUAACGACUCUCAAUGUGUGCCAAGCCUAUACGCUGAAGCGAAUCCGUGAUCCAAGCUACAACGUGAAGUCACGACCUCUCAUCAACAAGGAAUUCAUGGAAUCGAACAAACCGGCCGAUGAACUGGUCAAGCUCAAUCCGACAAGUGAGUACGCUCCUGGUCUGGAGGAUACCCUCAUCUUGACCAUGAAGGGUAUAGCCGCCGGCCUCCAAAACACAGGCUAAGCCCAAAAAAAGAAAGAGAUCCGAUCUUUUCUCCUUCUGUUUUCGGUCAUUACCCUAACAAUCCAAUCUUUUUCUUCUUCUUCUGCAGUUGUACUGCAUCAUAUGAUGUUUUUUUACAGAGAUAUGAUCUCAGAUGAGUUUUUUUUUCUUAUGUUUAAUAGUGUUUGAGGUCUGACAUCAUCGUGAUGAUCUGCCCUGUUUCUGCAGUUCAACAGUGCAGAGCAAUGGCUUCUUGUUUUCGAUAUAUGGAAAAGCUUGAACUUUGUUUCAUCCCCUUAA